AUGGAUGGCCCAAGAAGUAGUAGUACUCAUGAAAAUGGUGAGAGCAUGGAGAUUUUGUCAAAUGAUGAUCACCUCAACUUUCUCGGGUCGACCCACGAUGAUCCGUUGGGCCCGCUCGGUUUUCCCGCCAACUUUACAACCCGAGCUCUACUUCUUGGAGCCGAAAAGCUGCUAAUGACCCGAAAACCCGUCCCAUUACCGACCCAUUCCAACUUCGAGCCUCAAACUGAUCACGACGAACUGCAUGGAAAUCUCAUUAACGGUAAAAUCCAAGGUAAAUACACGACAAAACAAGACCGGAAGAUAAAAAGAUUCGAAGAAUGUAAGACUAAUUCAUUUCAUGCAACUUCACGUUUUCGUAACGAGUUCGAAAGCUAUAAUAAUGGUAACAACAACGACGAGCUUCCAUUUAGUUUCACAGCUUUCGCGGCUGUACUGUUUCUUAAGCUAGCUAGCUUUCAAAUAAGCCUACUCUUAAGGUUCUUUGAUUUCCCCAUUUGGUUCUUCAACUUGUUCUUAAUGCUUGUGAUGUUCCCCUUUGAAAUUCUAACACAUUUGAGAGGACACUUGAAGAAAAAGUUGAUGAUUGCAUGCCACGCUUCGUACAUGAGGCUUAAGUCGCAUACUUCUUUUUUGAGACUCGCCGUACGAUUUGGAAAGGCCUUUCUCUAUGGGGCCUAUGUGUUUUUCGUGCUAGUCGGGUUGCUUGUGUCCGGUUUUGUAAUCAGUGGCGUAGUUAUGAGAAAUUUGGUGCAAGAAAGAAUUCACACAACCCAAACUCUGAACUUUGAUUACACGAAGACGAGCCCAACUGCCGUCGUGCCUGUUGUCAGUGGAGUUUUGCCUUCCAAAUUGAAGCUCACUGUUUUAUUGACACUGCCAGAGUCCGAAUACAAUCGAAAACUUGGUGUUUUUCAGGUAAGAGUGGAAACUCUAUCGAGCAAUGGGAAAGUAGUUCAUGGGAUGAGUCACCCCACGAUGUUACGUUUCAAGAGCCAAUCUAUACGUGCUGUCGAGACUUUGUUCAACAGCGCGCAUUUAAUAACCGGCUUGAAAUCCGAGGUACAAAAUCUGAAAAUCGUGAUGGGCGAAUUUAACGAAGGGCAUGGCGCAAUGUCGAGUUUGAAAGUGAUUAUCGAGCAUAGGGCCGAGUUUCAAGGUGGCGCCGGUGUGCCUCAGAUAUAUGGCGGUUCUCUUGAAAUCGAAUCUGAGCUUCCGAAACUGAAGAGAGUUUUGUGGAAUUGGAGACGAACGGCAUUCGUUUGGGUCGGUUUCGGUUCGUUCUUGAGUGAGGUGAUGGUUUUCUUGAUCUUCUUUAGGACUGUUGUUUUACCUGGUGGCAGGACAAAGGCUAUGGGCAGUAGCAAGAAAUGUUUGUCUGAUAAAAUUGCAUGGCAGAAUAUUGCAAUUUGA